AUGUCAGGCAAGCCUUCUUCGGUAUCCGGUGCGACCAAUCUAGGAGCCCAUUCCAGCCGCCUUCUCAAACGAAAUGAAAAGUAUGCCGGUAUCAAUCUACUUAGGGAUGUACCGCGUCGACUGUCCGACUUUGGAAAUAAUUAUGCAUACAAUGGACUCAGGACA